AUGUUUCAGGUCUGGCUUGCAACCAACUCGAUAUCACCAGCCUACAUUUCUCUUGAUCGAUCGCUCAAGGCCAUUUGCGACAAGUACGGCGAUGCUGGUGAUGUUGCGUUUGAGGCAAAGAAGAAGCAAAGCUUCACCUUUCGAAAGCCCAAGCCUCUGUCUAUCAAAGGGGUUUACCAAUCAUUGGUCAAGAUUGCUACAACUCAAGGCCAGGGCAGCAACGAAGUGAAGCAACGAAUUGUCGAUCGACUGCUGCAAGAUGCUCGAGGAGGCGAAGAGAGCCGAUUCAUAGUGCGAACUCUUUGCCAGCGUCUAAGAAUAGGCGCCGUCAAGACGACAAUGCUUGUAGCCCUAUCUCGAGCCUUUCUGUUAUCGCGGCCCGGAGAGGCCGACUUCCCCUUGCAAUCGGCACCAGAACUGUCCAAGCUCAAGAGGGAAGAAUUGGCCGAAGUAUGGGGCAAGGCCGAAGAGAUCGUCAAGGCAUGCUUUGCAAGACAUCCCAACUACAAUGACCUGAUACCAGUUCUUCUCCAAAUAGGUGUCACGGAAGAGCUGCUGGUGUGUUGCGGCUUGACUCUACACAUCCCGCUGCGGCCUAUGCUGGGUAGUAUCACCCGCGAUUUGUCAGAGAUGUUGACCAAGUUGCAAGGCCGGGACUUUGCAUGUGAGUUCAAAUAUGACGGCCAGAGAGCACAAGUCCACUGCGAUGAGAAGGCGAAUGUGUCCAUCUUCUCACGCCACCUGGAUCUGGUGACGGACAAGUACCCUGACCUUGUGGAGCUGGUGCCCAAGAUUCGCAGCGAAGGCGUGAGCAGCUUCAUCAUGGAUGGGGAACUUGUGGCUGUCGACCGAGGCACAGGCGAGCUCAAGAAAUACCAGGCGUUGACGAACCGCGCUAGGAAGGAUGUGGACAUCGGAAGCAUCACCAUAGAUGUGUGCCUGUUUUCGUUUGAUCUGAUGUACCUGAACGGACAGCCACUCCUCGAUCGACCGUUCCGAGAGCGUCGAAAACUUCUGCGAACACUAUUCACAGAAGUGCCUCACCACUUUACAUGGGUCAAGAGCCUUGACGCAACAUCCGUAGAUUCCGAGGCCGUGUUGGACUUCUUCAAGUCAGCCAUCGAGAGCAAGUGCGAAGGGAUUAUGGUCAAGAUCCUGGACAACUUACGCGACGUGCCAUAUGCCGACUACGCCCCGGAGCAACCACAACCACUCAAGUUAUCCGAGAAACUCUCGACACCAAAUUCAAAGCCAAAGUUGAAGCAGAAAUCGAAGAACGGGACGGCUGUCAGUGGUGAAGAGGGCAAAAUCAAGUCUCGAAGGAAACCGCUCUUAGCCACGUACGAGCCGGACAAGCGACUGGACUCGUGGCUCAAGGUCAAGAAAGACUACAACUCAAGUUUCGAUACCCUGGACUUGAUCCCUAUAGCCGGCUGGCAUGGACAAGGCCGCAAGGCGAAGUGGUGGUCACCGAUCUUGCUGGCGGUGCCCAAUGAGGAGACGGGAAUGUUCGAGGCGGUGUGCAAAUGCAUAUCUGGCUUCACCGACGCGUUUUGCCAGGCGAAUAAGCAGUUUUACGACAAUGGCGACGAGAGCGGCGAGCCGAAAAACGUUCGGUUUCAAAAGCCGAGUUACAUAGAAUACAACGGUCCAGGCCCGGAUGUGUGGUUUGAACCGCAAGAAGUCUGGGAGGUGGCGUUUGCAGACAUUACUCUGAGCCCGACUUAUACGGCGGCGAUUGGCCUGGUGAGCGACGAGAGAGGACUGAGCCUGCGGUUUCCACGAUUUUUGAAGAAGCGAGAGGACAAGGGCAUUGAGGAGGCCAGCACCAACGAGUUUCUAGCCGGGCUUUGGAGGAAGCAGGAGGCAAAGGCCGUGACCGAGAGAGAUUCAAAGGCAGCUGGUGAGGAAGAGGCUGGGGAGGUGUGA